CUGAUUGGCCGGCGGCGCGGAGGCGUGGCUUCCGGAGCCCGGUUCCGCGCGCCGGAGCCCACUCGCCGCAUUGCGAGCCGGGCCAGGAGCGGGCGCCAUGGUGCUGCUACACGUGCUAUUCGAGCACGCGGUCGGCUACGCGCUGCUGGCGCUGAAGGAGGUGGAGGAGAUCAGCCUGCUGCUGCCGCAGGUGGAAGAGUGCGUGCUCAACCUGGGCAAGUUCCACAAUAUCGUUCGUCUCGUGGCCUUUUGUCCCUUUGCCUCGUCCCAGGUUGCCUUGGAAAAUGCCAACGCUGUGUCUGAAGGUGUUGUUCACGAGGACCUCCGCCUGCUCUUGGAGACACACCUGCCAUCCAAAAAGAAGAAAGUACUCUUGGGGGUUGGAGACCCCAAGAUCGGUGCUGCUAUACAAGAAGAGUUAGGGUACAACUGCCAGACUGGAGGCGUGAUAGCUGAGAUCCUGCGAGGGGUUCGUCUGCACUUCCACAACCUGGUGAAGGGUCUGACAGAUCUGUCUGCUUGUAAAGCCCAGUUGGGGCUGGGACACAGCUAUUCCCGUGCCAAAGUUAAGUUUAACGUGAACCGGGUAGACAAUAUGAUUAUCCAAUCCAUUAGUCUCCUGGACCAGCUGGAUAAGGACAUCAAUACUUUCUCCAUGCGUGUCAGGGAGUGGUACGGGUAUCACUUUCCUGAGCUGGUGAAGAUCAUCAAUGACAACGCCACAUACUGCCGCCUCGCUCAGUUCAUUGGAAACCGAAGGGAGCUGAAUGAAGACAAGCUGGAGAAGCUGGAAGAGCUGACAAUGGAUGGAGCCAAGGCUAAGGCUAUUCUGGAUGCCUCGCGGUCCUCCAUGGGCAUGGACAUAUCAGCCAUCGACUUGAUAAACAUCGAGAGCUUCUCCAGUCGUGUGGUGUCUUUGUCAGAGUACCGCCAGAGCCUACAUACUUACCUGCGAUCCAAGAUGAGCCAAGUAGCCCCCAGCCUAUCAGCACUAAUUGGGGAAGCGGUAGGUGCACGUCUCAUUGCUCAUGCUGGCAGCCUCACCAACCUGGCCAAGUAUCCAGCGUCCACAGUGCAGAUCCUUGGGGCUGAAAAGGCCCUGUUCAGAGCCCUGAAGACACGGGGUAACACCCCAAAAUAUGGACUCAUUUUCCACUCCACCUUCAUUGGCCGAGCAGCUGCCAAGAACAAAGGCCGCAUCUCCCGAUACCUGGCAAACAAAUGCAGUAUUGCCUCACGAAUUGAUUGCUUCUCUGAGGUGCCCACAAGCGUAUUUGGGGAGAAGCUUCGAGAGCAAGUUGAGGAGCGGCUGUCCUUCUAUGAGACAGGAGAGAUUCCACGAAAGAAUCUGGAUGUCAUGAAGGAGGCGAUGGUUCAGGCAGAGGAAGCGGCUGCUGAGAUGGCCAGGAAGCUGGAGAAGCAGGAGAAGAAACGCUUGAAGAAGGAGAAGAAACGGCUGGCCGCCCUUGCCCUCGCGUCUUCGGAAAACAGCAGUAGUACCCUGGAGGAGUGUGAGGAGAUAGGUGCUGAGAGAACUGGCUCAGGAGCCCAGAGAGCUGGUUGUAACACACCCGGUCCCUGGGCAAGUGUUCUGUCCUCGGCUGCCUCCCAGGAGUCCUCAACCGGGGGUAGUGUGAAUUCCUGCUCUGCGUGUUCUCAGCCGUGUUGUCUGGAGGUGGUAGCAUUUCAUAGUGGGGCUUGGGGCAGGGAGGUCUCCAUGAUGUGUGCUAGGUUAGGGUCCUCCCCAGGAUUUUCAUGCAGCGCCCAGUUUGUCAAGUAGUCUUUCAGGGUCCCCUUUGGAACAUGGCAUGAUGGUUCUAUUGUGUGUUUUUCUAUAGCUAUUUCAUGGGCUUAGCAACAUAUCCUCAAGUGGGAGUCCCCUUGGGGAUGGGUUUGCAGCAUCUUGCCUAUAGUUAGAAAUCCUUUCCGAAACACUGGGCGAUUUUCACACCAUUUCUACCAGUUUCUCUGCCCUAUUUAGUUGCUGGAAUUUUCAGAGGUGCGCAUAUUCAUACGAUGGAAGAUAGUUUCAUGCCCAU